AUGUCUUAUUCAUAAAAAAACUUUGUAAAUUAACCAUUCUAUUCUCCUGCCAAAUUUGAGAAUGAUCAAAAGGAUUUAAUGAUAUCAUAAUUAAAAGCUGAAAACUUUGAACUUAAGCAAAAUGAUCGAGAUUAUUAAGAAUUGGCUACACAUUUGAAAUCGUUAGAACAUAGGUAAUAAACAUUUAACUGUAGAUAUAAUAUGUUACAUGAAGAAAAAAUGAGAAAUGAAGUUGAAUAUAGAAAUAGAAGUGAUUAGACAUUAAAGACCAUAGCUAAUUUGAGAAAUGAAAUUGAUAAUUUGAAAUCCUAGUUAACAGAAAAACAUAUUGAAAAUUAAGAAAUGAAAGCAGAGAAUUUAGCAUUUAAAGAGAUUACUGAACAUAGAUCCUAGGAGAAUUCAAGAGUUAAAAAUGAUAUGGGUUUAUUGUAAGAAAAUAAUAGAAAAUUAUAUGAAGAAAAGCUAAGAUUAGAAACAGAGCUAUAAGCAGCUAAAGAUGAAAGAAAAAGGUAAGUAUUUAUAAAUAUUUAUUAAUAGAUUGUUACAUGAUAGAGAAAUAUUGAAUAAUACAUAUGAAGAUGUAUUGGAUAAAUUGAAUGAAAAAGAAAAGUAAUUUACAUAAUUGUAAAGUGAAUUUGAUAAUGUUGAAAAGUAGGCUCUUAUUUAUAAGGCUGAUGUAGAGAAUGUAUAAAUAUAAAUGGCAUUAGAAAGAUCAACAAUGAAUUGAAAUCAAAGAAUGAAAAUCUUAAGUAUACACGAAUGCAGUAUUAAGAAGCAUAGAAUUAUAUUUCAUAAUUAUAAAAUGAUUUAGAGGAAUUACAUAAGUAGAAAGAGAAAUUUAAAUAAGAGAGUUUACUUUAUCAAAAAAAUUAUUAAUAAGAGGCUGAUACUUGUAUGGAAUUAAAUGCAUAAGUGAUUCAAUUAGAUCAGACAGUUAAACAUUAAGAAAAAACAAUAAUUGAUUAGAGAAAUGAAAUUGAGAAAUUAAAAUCAAUGCAUAUGGAAUGUUUAGAGACUACAGAAGAAUUAAAUCAUGAAUUAGAUUAAGUUAAAAGAAUUAAUGAUUAAUUGGAAUAUUAACAUAGAGAUGUAUUUAAAUCAAAUAAUAAUAAUAAUAGGUAAUGGAAGAAUUGGAUAAAUUAUCAUUAACAGAAGAAUAAGCUGCGAUGUCUAGAGCUACUAAAUAUAAAGAAUUAAAGACUAAACUGAUUAUGGGAACUAAAUAAUUACAAUAGUUCUAAUCUCCAUUUAAGAGGUUUUCUACUAAUAAAAAACCAUAGAUGAAAUAAUAUGAUUUUUGA